UUUAGUCGCGUGAGAAUGAACUUCUCUAUUGGACUGGCUCUGUUUCAGCCACAAAGCAGAGACACGAAAAGAGAGAAUCCAAGUUCAGAGCACUAACUGCAUUGCGUUUGGGCGAAUGCUAACUUUACCGCGAAAGCGAUGAAGAUGCUAAACGUCACAACUAGUUUUGUAACCAUGGCCUCAGAAUUCACAGCUCUCCGAGGUUUCACAGUUCGGUCAUCGUCCGCUGGUUUUCCUUCUUUUCUUCCCAAAGAGGUUGACAAAAUCAAAGACCCAUUUGCUCGAAAGCUUGCUACACGGAUUGAGAGGCUCUCUGUACCUGUCAAAUUCACAGAGAAUUCUAUCAUGACUAGUUGUGUGAGGCCAUUGAUAAAGUGCAAGACCAGUCCAGUGGUUCUUCUUCAUGGUUUUGACAGUUCCUGCUUAGAAUGGAGAUACACUUAUCCACUGCUUGAGGACGCUGGUUUGGAGACCUGGGCUGUUGACAUUCUUGGUUGGGGCUUCUCUGAUUUAGAAAGACUUCCAUCAUGUGAUGUGGCCUCUAAGCGUCAUCACUUUUAUGAGCUUUGGAAGUCCUACAUCCAAAAGCCAAUGAUAUUGGUUGGACCAAGCCUUGGUGCUGCUGUUGCGAUUGACUUUGCAGUAAACCAUCCGGAAGCUGUUCAAAAGUUAGUUUUGAUUGAUGCAAGCGUGUAUACAGAAGGCACAGGAAACCUAGCAACCUUGCCUAAAUGGUUAGCUUAUGCCGGAGUAUCUUUAUUAAAGAGCAUCCCGCUGCGCUUAUAUGUAAAUUUCUUGGCCUUCAAUGACAUAUCAAUCAGUACGAGCUUAGAUUGGACAAACAUUGGUCGCUUGCAUUGUUUGCUCCCAUGGUGGGAGGAUGCAACUGUUGAUUUCAUGAGGAGUGGGGGUUAUAAAGUUGGUGCUCAGAUUGAACAGGUAAAGCAGAAAACGCUUAUCAUAUGGGGGGAGGAUGACAAGAUCAUCAGCAACAAGCUUGCAGUGAGAUUGCAGUGCGAACUGCCAAAUGCAACCAUACGCCAAAUUGCAGAUUGUGGUCACCUUCCUCAUGUGGAAAAGCCAAGAGAAGUAGCCAAGUUGAUUGAAGAAUUUGUUCAAGAAGAUUGCUCAAAAGAGCUUGCAUACAGUUCACUAGUCUGAAAGUCCCCCCUCCUUAACCCUCUUCUUAAAUUAUGAGUUUUUUCAAUUGGGUUCAUUUGGGCAAUGUUCAAAAGUAGACUGUCCUUUUUCUGCAUUAGUUUUGUUUUUUUUUUUUUUCUUUUUUUUUUUUUUAUUGGGGGUACAGUUUCGAACUCAGGUUUUCCGUCCAAAAAAUAGUGGAGUUUAGUCAUUGAACUUGAGAUGACUCAUUUUUGCAUUAGUUAUUUAUGUCUCCUACUGUUAGAUGUAUGCUUGAUCAUUAUAAUAUGAUGAAAAAUGUCUGCGUCAAAAAUCAAUGCAAGCAUUCUUACCUCCAUGGGACUCAAAAAACCGCCUUAAUUGCAGAAAACAAAUUGGUAUGAAAUAAAAUUCACGUGUAUGUACCCUCUCCCCCAUCAUUGAAAUCUAGGUAUGGCAUGCUAAGAAUAAUAUUUAAAAAAUAUUUGCUUUCCUUUUCACGUGUUGUUGAAAAACACUUUUAGAUACAUAUACCAAUACAUUGAACCAAGAAAAGGACACGUUGAAAGUAGGCAAUACAAAGCAUUUUUCAAACAACAUGCAAAGUUUUGCAGGUAAAAUUAUCUUUUUUCCAUUUUCCAAUACGUCUCUAAAUCUGCUAAACAGUUGCUGCUAAAUCUUGCAGGCACUUGAACAUGUGUUUUAUUAAGAUUUGUAAGAAAAAAUUGACAGCAAAGAAAGCUUGUGAAGAGUGAAAGUUGGGGACGGAAUUCAGAAUAGCAUAUGUCAUGUGUGAUAAAGUCAGCGUCUAUCUAUUAUGUCAUACUCAACGAUUCAGAAUUUGUGGCCAAAUGGUUGGUAUAUAGGUAGUUCACAGGUCUCAAUCUCUCAACAUUCAAAUGUUGCCAAAGCUUUUUCAUAUACAAGCUAAUAAUCAGAUUUAUAAUUCUACUUUUUUGGCAACGCAAUUAAUACCGGUGGUUUUAAUAAACUUUUUUGAUCCUGGGUAUGAAAAAUAUAAGAUGUCCUUCAGCGUAAAAGGUUGCCAAGACAACCAAAAUAAAUAAUAAAUAUAAGACAACCAAGAAAGUCCAAGGAUCGGCAGAAACUGUCCAAAAAAGCAUAAAAGAACACAUGUGCACGUGUCACUUCGGCAAGAAAAGGAAUAAUAAAAGAAAGGCCACCGGUCAUGGAUAUUACCAAUUUAUCAUUAUCAUUUUUAUUGGUUUUUCGGAGAUGGGAAAGUGAACCAAAAAAUUAGCUUGGGUAGAGAAGAUGGGGGAGCAGAGUUUUUCCAUGAAAUUAAAAAAAUACAGCUCUUAGAUAUACAAAAAGGACCAAAAAAAUAAAAAUAAAAAUCUAAAAACAAGAUCAGGUUCUACAGCCCCCCAUUAGCUGUCAUAUCACCAUUCACAAAAGGAAUCAAAUUCCUCAGCUUUUCUCAUAGGGGGGUGGAGAAAAACCCAACCACAACCCAAAAAAAAAAAAAAAACCCUACUGGGGUUUGCGUCUAGAUGUUUCUCUACCCAUCCAUAGUGCUCCUGACCGUGGCUAAAAUGUUAUCCACACAUCAAACCUCUCCCCCACUUCUUCCCCCAACAUAUACCUCUUUUUAAACAUACUGUGUCUAUAUUCAUCCCCACAUCAAAAAGCUUGAAAACCAGAAGAACAUGAGGAA